AUGUCCAACGUCGAGGCUCUCAAGGCCGCUCCGCCUGCCGAAGUUUCUGCCGACGCUCCUCCCGACGUUCCUACCACCGCUCCUGCCGAGGCCGAACCCGCUGCCGCGACAGAGCCGGCAUCUUCCAGUGCGCCCGACACAACUGGCGCGGCCGAUGCCAAGCGUACAAUCGCCCGCCGUCCUGCGGCUGCUGGGGCUGCCGCAACUAAACCGACAGCGAGCUCUUCUGCACGUACCACUACUGCAGGUCUUAGCAAGCCGCCAACGCGCCCUACGGCUAGCUCGACGGUCACCAAGCGACCGACCACGGCGGCGUCGACUACGUCGCACCGCUCCCAGCCAUCCGUGUCCGAAGAUGAGAAAAAGCGGACAUCCACUGCCACCAGUACCGCUAGACGCACCUCAGCGGCCCCGAGCAAUGCUGCUGCGAGCUCUCCAGGCAAGCUGAAGACUACGAGCUCAACUGUGUCAACCACUGCCGCGGCGAGGAAGCCUCUGUCAGCUAGCAGCAAUACCGCCUCGCCAAGGCCUACGACUGUCCCGAGAUCUUCUACAACAACGGCUGUUUCCGCACCGUCUGUAGCGGCAUCUCGUACUGCGGCCAAACCGACGGGUACAGGGCCCGUGGCCGAAGCAAAGAAGCGUCUGUCAUCGGUUGCCGGCAGCUCUACUACCUCGAGUGCCAAUGCCGCUCGCCACGCUUCUAGGCCGUCUUUGACGCCGAACUCAAGCAGUGUCCCGUCUGCUGCUGCCGCAGCUGCGGCCGUCGAAUCUGCCAAGGAGAUUGACGCUCUGAAAGCCAAGCUUGAAUCCAGUAUGGCUGAGAUUGCCGACCUUAAGAUACAGGUGUCAUCUUCUGAGGAUAGAAUCUCGGAACUGUCUGAGAAGGCGAGUGUCGCCGAGGUCAAUGGACAAGGCUCGGAGGAAGCUCUGAAGGGGUAUGUUGAUGCCCUGGAGAACCUGGAGGUGGAGCACGCGUCCAAACUAGAGUCCUUGAAUGAGGAAAUUGCCGGAAUUCGAGAGAAACUUGCCGCGGCCGAGGCCAACCUUGCGGCUAAGGAAGGCAAGCUCGCCGAAGUCACAAGCGCAAAUAAGGCUACAGGCUUGGAAGUCGCUUCCUUGGAGGAGACGAUAAACAAACUGGAGGCAAACCACCAAGCCACGUUGGAUCAGGCCGAGGUGAAUCUAGCCAUAGCGGCCCAGGCACAUUCCGCCAAGUUGGAGGCUUUCCGGAGCACUCUUGAGGAGGGGCACCAACUCGCUCUUGAGGAAUUGAAAGCGAACCAUACCGACGAGCUACAGAAUGGCAAUGCAACUCUCGCGACAGCUCAUGAGGAGGCGAUCCAGGGCCUCAAGGCCAGUCAUGGCAGCGCCAUCACGGAGCUGCAGAAGGAAAUCGACGUCUUGACUGCAGCUCGGGUAACUCUCGAAGCCGAACACGAAGAGAAGCUUGCUGUCGAAAGCAAGACGAACGCGGCAAAGAUCGGAGACCUGGAGACCGAAAUCUCUGAGCUCAAGGCGAAACUUGACGCAGCAGAGAAGAGCGCCGAAACCGCAAAGUCAGAACUCGAAGCGUCAAAGGGCUUGGUCGCUGCUCUCGAGAGCAAGAUUACUGGUGUGGAUACCCAAUUGUCUCUUCUUUUGAAGGAUGCCGAAGAAAAAACCAGUAGAAUUGCCGAAUUCCAGGCACUCAUUGACAGAUUGGUCGAGGAGGGCAAGACUAAGGACGCUACCAUCGCGAAACUAAAAGAAGAUAACGUGAAUGCCGAAAACCACCACCGGAAGCAACUUGAGGAGGUCAGUUCCGACUACAUAAACGAGAUUGAAAGCCUGCGCGGCGAUGCAUUUUUUAAGCGGAAGUUCGAGGAGCUGGAGGUGAAGUACAAUGAGCUCACCCAGUCUCAUGAACAGAUAAAGACGAAAAAUGCCGAGGCUGCCACAGCUGCUAAGGCCGAAUACGACACCGCUACCAACGCCCUCAAAGCCAAAGAAUUGGAGCACCAGCAAGCUUUAGAUGCACUGAGAGCCAGUCAUGCCGAGGAGUUGGAGGGCGCCAAGAGCACCACGCGGCAAGCGCAGGAGUCAGGCCUGGCGGAACUCGAGUCCUUGAAGGCUAGCCAUGCCAAGCAGAUUGAAACUCUGAAGAGCGAGAGCCAGGCUAGUCUUGUCAAAGAGCUCGAGACUCUGAAGGCUGACCAUGUUGAAGCUCUGGAUGCGUCGAAGAAACAAAACGCCGCAGAACAGGAGGAGCUUGCCAGCCGCGCCAAGGCACUCGCUGAAGAGGCGCUCUCUGCGCAGCUGCAUGCCCAGCUUCAAAGUCAAAAGCAGGAGCUGGAGGCUAAACAUGCGCAAGAAAUCGGAAAGCUGGCUACACAGGCUGAGAUCGCACACAAUUACAAGGAGGCCUUCGAGGCCGCGCAAAUAAAGCUUACCGAAGCAGAAGCCAAUUAUGUGUCAGCGAAGAAGACCAUGGAGGAUCAACACGCAGCUGAGGUUGAAAGCCUCAUUGCGGCUCACAACGAGUCACAGGAGGCCGUUCGGAAAGACAGGGCUUCGGUUACUGACGCCUUGAGACAAGAGAAUUCUCUGGCUCUCGAAGCCUUGAAAGCUGAGCAUACUGCAUUGUCCGAGUCCGUCUCGAAUGAUCUGGCUAAAGCGCAGGCCGCUAAGACCGAGAUUGAAGCUACUGUCCAGGCACUGAAGGUUAAAUACGAGAGGGCAGAGCAAGAGCUGGACAACCUUAGUCAGGAGCUGGCUCAUGAGAAGAUGGAUAAGUUCACUGCUCAGGCUGACCUCGAUGCCCUGAAGAAUGCGAAGCCCGACACCAGUGAAUUGGAUGCGCUCAAGGGAGAGCUUGCCGAGGCGCGUGCUGCUCAUGAGAAGAAGCUCGCCACACUCGAGGCUGCCUAUAAGGAGGAACUCUCCAACGCCAAAAAGGGUGCCGAAAAUGUUCUUGCAGAGGUUGCGGACGCCAAGGAGAAGAUCGCCAAACUCGAGCAGCAGUUGGAUGCACUCACACUGGAGUUUGAGGCAAAGAAAAAGACUGCCCAGUCUGACUAUGAUGUGAUGCAGAAGACUUUGCAGGAGCUUCUCGAGGAGUCGCAGACAAAGGAGGCCGAGAAGAGCAAGAAGCUCACCGACGCUGCGAAGAAGAUUAAUGAGCUAGAUGCCCAGAUCAAGGUCAAGGAAGCAGAGCUAGCAGAGGCAAAAACGAAGGCCGACGCGCCCAAGGGUCUUGCGGCUAGCCGCUUCGCCGACCCGAGCGAGGACGGAGACGAGAAGGAUGCCACCCCGGCCGAAGGUACUGAGCCGGAUCAUUCUUCUAAAUUAUUAGCCUCGGUGCGAGAGUCCCUUAAUGAGUACCUCGCCUCCACAUUUCACUGUGUGGUCGUGUCGUCUCAGAUAAACCCAAAAACGGAAGGUUGCUAA